AUUCACUCGUAGUGCAAACUGACGGAAUAUAAGCUCCACCUCCCAGUCAAACACCCGGAGCAUACCUUCGGCUUCCUCGCUCUAAAAAUAGACGGCUGUGUCAUCCUAAGUUGCACUUCAUUAAAAUAUAUAAAAGUUUAUGGAUUUUUCAAACAGUAGUAAAUAAUCAGUGAACGAACACAAUAGCAGUGAUAUCAAAGAUAACCAAGAUGAAACAAAUUACAAUAUUUGGAAUAAUAUAUACUAUUUUACAGGCAGUACAUGGACAAGAUUGUGAUGGCCGUGUGCUGGGUAGGACAUGCUAUGGCUUCAGAAAUGAUCGCAAGAGUUGGACUGAGGCAGAAGAAGCAUGUGUGGCCGUUAAUGGCCAUCUAGCAUCUAUAACCUCACAGACAAUACAAGAUGAGCUAGUUGAUGAACUUGAACAGAGGAACUGGAUCAACGGGAAGACGUGGAUCGGUGGGCAAGAACAGAAAAUGGACUGGGGAUGGGUUUCAGAAAAUACCAGGUCCAUGAGCCUCCAGGGAUGCUUCAAAAACACAGAGGAGAACAAAGAUCUGGAAAAAAUGGUAUAUAGACGUGAAGACUCUACACCGGACAAAUGUAUCAUUGAAUGUGAAAGCCUGAACUACAAGUAUGCAGGUGUCCAGAAUGGUACAGACUGUUGGUGUGGUAAUUCAUAUGGUAACAUCCAGAGCUACGACGGCUGUACCUCGCCGUGUGCUGGUGACGCAACUCGUAUAUGUGGAGGUCUUGAAGGAUGUUCAGUGUAUAAAGUCGGAGGUGGAUAUUCCAAUUGGUUGAAGCCUGACGAACCAAGUAACGAUAACUACUAUGAAACUUGUGCCACAAUUCUAGUGGAGAAUAACGAGUGGAAUGAUGAGUUCUGCUAUAAGAAUAACAGCUUCAUUUGUCAAAAAGCUGGUUCAACGUGUGACGAGAACAACCCUCAACAUUUCUAUGAUACCAACCUCGAUGUGUGCUACUAUAUGAGUGACGAGAUGACAAAGGUGACAUGGUUCCAGGCGAGACAGAGCUGUAUUGAGAUGGGAGGUGAUUUGGCUGUAAUAGACUCAGAAGAGAGACAAAUUUCUCUUCAAACAAAAAUGUCGAAUUAUACAAAUGAAUAUCCAUCUCUGAGGCGAUUUUGGAUUGGAGCAAUGAAUACAAAAUGGAACUGGGUUGGAGGCGAGCCUUUUGUCUACACUUUUUGGGAUCUCCCGGGUGAUCAGCCAAACAAGCCAGAUCAGAAUUGUUUGAUGAUCGGAGCUGCUGCAGGACGAGCUGGGUGGUCUGAUUGGAAGUGUGAUGAUACGAGCGUCGACCAAUAUAUAUGUGAAUAUGUAAUGCCCACCACAACGACUACUACAACUACUACCACAACAACCACCACCACCACACCCGUUCCAACUACUACCACAACAACCUCUCCUCCACCAACAACUACUACCACUCCAGAGCCUACCACAUCUGCAGCAACCACAACUGAGCCUACUACAGUUCAAACCACGACAGAAGCAUUGACUACAAUUGAGCCUACAACAGUUCAUACAACAACAGAAGCAUUGACCACGAUCAAGACAACAACUGAAGAAAUUACAACCAUUGAAUCAACCCAAGCUCCAACGACCACCGUCACAACCGAUGCAACCCAAAAAGGAGAGAAUCAAACUGGAAUAGAUGGUGGAGACGGCACAGAUACAACAACAGAUGCUGGAAGCGGUAAAACUGAUGCACCUAUUGGUGGAAUUACAACAUUUAGUUGGGAAAACGAAGGUAUUUAUGUAAUUGUGGCAAUAGUAGUUCUUGUGUUCCUCGUCAUCUGCCUCAUCGUCUGCAUCUGUUGUAUCAAAAAACGUAAGCGAGACAAACUCAGGAUUGAGAGAAGGAGACGUUAUUUAAACAGCGCAGGAGCAGGUGCACCUAGAGGUGAAAAGACAUAUGAUAGUCAUGAUAAUCCUGGUGUUAUGUUUGAUGAGGGAAAUACAAAAUAUGAGACUUAUAUGGUUGAAAAUGAAACCAAUGAACCUGACUAUGCAAGAACUAAUAUAAAUCAACAUAACCACGCGGAUGAUAAAGACUCUGGUGUACAUAAUCUAGAAAAUUCGAAUUCUGACACGCAUUCAGACGAAGCACGACCAAGUAAUAGCAGAUCUCCGAGGACUAAUGAAACUCUAACGUCGUUUUAAAUGUUUUUAUUGUACCAUAUAAAGUGUAAAUAGUUUUGUAAGAAUGUGCUGAAGUCAGUGUUCAUAGUUACGCAACAAGGAGAAACUGUCAAAAGAUCUUCACUUAUAUUUAAUCUGCAGUAUUUCAUAAUUUAUUUGCAUAAUCGCAGUCAUUCCAUGUUUUGAUUAUGUAGACUCAAGAGAGAUCAAGAUAAAAGUCAUUGGCGCCAAAGAAAUUAAGUCAUAUGUAUUUUAUAAAUAAAAACAAAACAGCUAUUAUAUUAUAUUUAUAACGAGAGUAGAAGUUUGUUUUCCUAAAAUAUGGUGGUGCUAGGUGAACAGCUCCAGUUCGAGCUGAAUUGUUAUAUUUUUGUAAUAAUUUUGUAAAUAAAGUUUAAUAAAACCUUAA